UUUCUUGAAACCUUAUUUCCAGUUUCUGAGUGCGGUUUUGCUUACAGAUUGUAAUAAUCUGUGAAGACAGCCACAACACAAAAGAUGAAUGUAGGGUACUGACUAUAUACAAAAGCCAAUUUCAUGCUCUCAGCCUUCAUUAUGAGAGGGUUUGGACCCUGUUUUGUUUUGGAGAAGAAUGCAUGGACACGUCGUAACAUUGCAGUUAAGAGGGGCUGUCAAAUGACACAUGCCACUACUGUUCAGAUGCUGUGAUCCUGUUUUACGGAUUAGCCAUCCUUUUCUGAACUCUUCAUUUCCGAGUGCAUUUACAGAGGAAACUGUAAGGACUGCAUACUGUAAUAAUGUGAUUCUUUUUGUAAAACAUGUUUUUAAACUUGUAGGCAGAAAUUCAGUUCCAUCUGCUUGUUUUGGAAAACACAGAAUAAGGAAGCUGCUGGGAAUGAAAUGUGACAUCUUUAAAGGGGCUGUUUUCAUUUUUGCAGAUGGACAGUAAGAAUAUUACACUGGAAGUUCAUUUUUACAGGGGCUGCUUUCAUUCUUACAGUUGGACUGUAGGAAUAUUACACUGGAUGGUCAUUUUUACAUCUUUGCAGGGACCGCUUUCAUUUUUGCAGUUGAACUGCAGGAAUAUUAUACUGGAAGUUCAUUUUUGCAUCUCUGCAAGGGUUGCUUUCAUUCUUAGUAGGAGUUUAACACUGGGACUUUGGUGAAGCACCCAUCUGGGGCUCAGUACUAACUAGCUUGUAGUGUUCAGUUGUCCUGCACAAGGAUGGAUGUAUGGAUGCAGCACAGAGUGAGGAGGAACAACAAUGGUGAGUGAAGAAGGGCCAACUUAAUUAGCACGAAGUACCUUUCUACAAAGAAAGCACUAUAUGCAAAAACUAGAGAAUUAACCAGUGCGGAGAGGAAAAACGUUUGUAAAGUCCUGUAAUGCAUAGGAUGAUGCAUGAUUCCCUUCCCAGUAACAGAGACCUCAUAGAAUCUAUAGAGGUACAGAAAGGCUGCAACGUUGUACAGUCGCCAACAUGUGGCAGCAUGUCUUUGAUGCAGCUGUUUAGGCCAGACACUACUGAGCUGUCCUUCGUCAGUCAAGAGGAUAACACUGUUACGUCAACUGUGCCACCUUUGCAGAAUAAUGCAGCCAUCCAAGUAGUGCUACCAGUGCCAGGUAAUACAGCCCACCAUGGUCUGCCACAAAUACCAAAUAAUGCAGUCAUACAGGAAAUUGCAGUAGUACUGGAAAAUACAGUCGGCCCUGGAACGUCUGCAAUCCAAGAUAAUGCAGAUAGCGUAGGAGUACCUUUGAUGCUGACUGACAUUGCCACAGAAGUGACACUGAAACAGGAUAAUGCAGUUUUGGGAAGAGUAUCAGUAAAGCAUAGCUCUGUUUCUAGGGAAAUACCAAUACAUGAAAUCAUUGUCCCUGGACACACAUCAGAAUGUAACAGUCCAGUCAAAAUGCAGACGUUGGACCACUUUAUUAGUGAGCCUUUAAAGACAGAGGAAAAGCAGAACAUAGGGGUGUAUGAAAAAGAUGAGUCUAAUUCUGCAAAUGCACUAUCCUUGGAUAACAUGUUUCUAAAGCAAAUUUCAGCUUUAGAAAGUGAAGUCCUAGGUCAGGCCGUAACACAGGAGCACUUUCCAGUACCGACUUCUUGCAUCAGGUCUUGGAUGCUUGGGAAGCGUCAUCAUUCUGUGUAUCAGGGCCUUGGUGGAUGGCAGGUGGAUGGCACCAGAAAGAGUGGUACUGAUUACAGUUGCCUUGUGAAACAGAACACUGAGUUAUUAAAUGCUGUGAAGGAGCUAGAGAAACAAUGUGUUUCCCUAAAAGAUGAAAACUGCCUGCUGGUAAGAAGCUACAUUUAAAUCCAUAAUACUGAAAGGAAGGCACUUUCUUGCAAUACUGGUUGUUUUUGAGAUUCCGUGAAACAGGCCAUGGAUGUUGCUGUUGAAGA